UAUUUGUUACAGUGUCUCUCCUUAUAUAUUAGAUAAAUUUUGGUUAAUUCGGAAUAAGUGCUUUAUCAGGAAACAAAAUGUGGAUAAGUGCAGCUCUGAGUUUGAACCUGUUCUUAGGAGUGUACUCUUGGGUGAACGAUUAUGAUCAACCUUUUACCUUUAAGUGUCCUCAACAUCAGUCAAUCAACCGUAUCGUCAGUCACCAUGACAACGGAGCAGAAGAUCGUGUGUUUGACUUCCAGUGCAGCAAGUAUGGAGAUGCUACUGAAAGUUGUUUCUGGACAGAGUAUGUCAACAACUUUGACCAGCCAAUAGCAUUCCAGUGCCCAAAUGGCGGAGUUCUAGAUGGCGUCUCUAGUGUCCAUGACAACGGGCCUGAAGAUCGGCGCUUUCGCUUCUACUGCUGUGAAAAACCAGGAAUGUGUCUUUACAAUUGCUACUACAGUGGUUGGGUCAAUAGUUAUGACGGGGAUGUGGACUACACGGUACCAGCCGGUCACGUGAUGAGAGGGUGGAUAAGUAUCCAUGACAACGGUGCAGAAGACAGAAUCUUUGACUUCGAAGUAUGUUUGAUGCAGAAUUGCAUUGACACAAAUCCAGGUGGGGGUGUCGUGGGAAAAAGAGUUGUAAAUAACACAAGCCAUUCGUAAUAUUUAUUUAUAUACCUGUAUAUAAGUAAAG